AUGGGUACUUCUAGCAAUGAUGCUGCGCAGGAGCAGGAGAAGUGGGAGACUUUAAUGACUCCGCCAGGAGCUCCCGAUGACCACAAGUACCCUAGCGGUCUGAGGCUCGUGCUGCUGAUGAUCUCCCUCUAUGUUGCCAUGUUCCUAGUUGCCUUGGACAAACUAAUUAUCUCAACUGCCACACCAUCCAUAACAAAUAAAUUCCACUUGUUAGACAAGCUGAGUUGGUAUGGAAUGGCCUACAUGCUUACUAAUUGCGCCUUCUUGCUUAUCUUUGGGGAAAUAUACAGCUUUGUAAGCGUCAAAGCCGUUUUUCUCACCGCGGCCGUUCUGUUCGAGGUCGGCUCUGCUGUCUGCUGCAGGGGUCCAGGAAGGCAUCGCACGUCCAGUCCCUUCUCUGUUUAA